UGUCACAUUAAAUUAGACCAUUUUCCAUUAGAAAGCUAUAACCGCGGCCCGCGAUCAAUAUAAAUAUUUAAAAUUUUAUUGUUCAUAAGUUUGUAACUAUUGAUUGAGAAAAUCAAUAAGAAGGCACAUAUUUUCAGAACGCCAUUAGAAAUAGUUAGCAUGGCUACUGCUAUAAGUAACACCACAAAAAAAGUGUCCAACAGCAAUACUAAUCAAACUGUUCGUAAGAAAUCAGGACCCAAAUUUGAGCUUUCAGAUGAACAAAAAAGAGACAUUAAGGAGGCAUUUGAUCUAUUUGAUACAGAAAACACGGGGAAAAUUGAUACCAAGGAGUUGAAAGUUGCAAUUAGAGCUUUAGGCUUUGAGCCUAGAAAGGAGGAAAUUAAAAAGAUGAUAGCAGAAAUAGAUAAAGGAGAUGGCAAAGUUUCUUAUGAGGACUUUCUUGAUUUGAUGACAGUAAAAAUGGCUGAAAAAGAUACUAAGGAGGAAAUUAUGAAAGCAUUUAAAUUAUUUGAUGAUGAUGGAACAGGAAAAAUAUCAUUCAAAAAUCUAAAAAGGGUUGCUAAAGAGCUUGGUGAAAAUUUAACAGAUGAAGAAUUACAUGAAAUGAUAGACGAAGCAGAUAGAGAUGGUGAUGGAGAAAUAAAUCAAGAAGAGUUUUUACGUAUAAUGAAGAAAACUAGUUUGUAUUAAUUUAAUCAACUGAUAAAAUCACUGCACAACACUAUUGAAACUGACUAUUAUUAAAUAAUAUUUUUUGUAUUUAAUUAACUAUCAGUAUAUUAUGUAUACUAAAAAGUAAAACAUGUAGACUCAGAAAUAAAUAAGUCAUUCCAGUCUAGCAUAAGCUGAUAAAUGUUUUAUUGUAAUAAGGGUUAUGGGUUAAACUAAAGUACUUCAUAUAUUAUCACAGUGAACUGAACUAACAAAUUUUAUAUUCAACAGGGUUUGUAUUAUAUCAUUUUGUUUUGUGACUAUUUUAUACAGUUGGUUCCAUAAAACCACUCAUUUUCCUCUAUUGAAAUUAUAUUAUAUUUUUACAAUAUAAAAGUAACUAUAACAGGGGUUUAUAAAACUCGAUUUUAAAACAGGAUUAAUGAAUUAAAAGUUAUUAGAUUAGUUUUUCGAGGUUUAUGAUGUUUAAAGUAACAAUUCUCUUGAAACUAAUAACUAAUAAGGUUGUUUUUGUAGAGUUGGUUAUGUGUCAAUAUUUAAAUUCAUCAAAUUUCCAUGGAUCUCAUUAUCAAUAUAUCACCAUCUGAAUCUACUACUAUUUUGGAAGUACAAGGUCUCUUGAUGUUGGUCCAUAUUGGUCAGAAAAUCUUCUAAAGCGAGUGCUUUAGAGUUUUGUGAGUACAAAAGAGAACAACUUUUGUUCCAGCUCUUUGUUAAGAUCAUAAUUUUAUGCAGAGACAAUCAUUUUUUUAUUUCUCCUUAUGCCAACCUUGCAUUGGCUAAAAGCUGUAUAUCAUUAGAAAGGUGUCUGUACUUUCUUUCUUGAAUAUAAUAUUCAUGAUAGUAUGUAACACAACAACCAUGGAAGCAGGGUGAUUGCAGUAGUGUCCUGUAAUAUAAUAUUUAUUUACUUUAGCUAAAAGAACAAAAAUAUGUUUAUAUAUCAUUGCAACAUUAUGGUGGUUUUAGCAUGCCGUGCAUACAAUGCCAAAGAUAAAAACAUUGUUUUUGGAAGAUAUUUGUUUUCAAGAUAUUAUGUUUGAUUUUGUUCACGUGAUUUGUGACACUUAAUAGGUUUUUAUAUUAUUAUAAUGAACAAAUGAAAUAUAAUAAGUUUUUAAUAAUCAUAAACUUAGUACACUAGCAUAAUAGACAAACACUCUCCUAAUUAUCACGAGACUAAAUUUAAAAUGUUGCAAGUGUGUAGUAUUUUACUUUUGGUCAGUCCCUAUGACAAUAUUGAUAAAGAGUGUUAUAUUCAUUAAAUUAAUAUCUUCUAAUAUAUAAAAUUUUCGUGUCAUGGUGUUAAACUUUGAACUCCUCCGAAGCGGCUUGACCGAUUCUCAUGAAAUUUUGAGUGCAUAUUGGGUAGGUCUGAGAAUCGGACAUCUAUUUUUCAUCCCCCUAAAUGCUAAGAGUGGUCCACACGAUUUUUUUUUUAAUUUGUUUGACUUUUUUUUUAUUUGUUUGAUUAUGAGUCAGCAUUAAAAAAUACAUACAACUUCAAAUUUUCACCCAUCUACAAUCAACAGUUACUUUUGUAUCGCGAUUUUAAUAUCAGCAAUACAACAUUUGUUGGGUCAGCUAGUAAUCUAUAGAAAAUAGACUGUUUACUGCAUAAAUUUAAAAUGUAAUUCAAAAUAUUUUAGUUUAUAUUAUGUUCUAUGAAAAUAAACACCAAGAAGUAUUGAAGAAUCAGUAUUAACCAAUGAAAUGUUUCUUUAUUUGGAUUGUCACUGUAAAUUACAAUACAAUCUAAUAUGGAACACUACACCAUUAUAUUUAUUUAUUUAUAUAUCUGUUAAAACACAGUAUAGUUAAACACUAAAAUUAAAUCACGGUCCAAUUUGACAGGAGACUAAUGGACACGAAAUUGUUUAAAAACGGUUUCACUGUCCAUCUAUUCCAUUUGUUUCUCACACUCAGGUUUUGGUGUAGGAGUAGUUAUCUCACUCUCACGCAGGGUUUCUCUAUUAUGCUAGUAUACUAAGUUUAUGAUCAUAAUUAUUGAUGUACAGUGAUUUGUAAUAAGGAUACAGUACAUAGGAGUCUAAUAAUUAACUGGUACAUUUAUGAUCUCUGGAAGUAAGCUAGAUAUUACUUGGUAUAUUUGUAUUUUCUGGAUUCUCAUGAAAAUGCCGCAUAAUAUGUAUCCACUAUUGCAUUCUUUGAAUCCAUCACACAACACACUUAGUCGCCUGAUUCAUAAACAUCAUGGUGCGAAUAUUUUCUGGGGUUAAGUACAUUUUGCACUCACACAAUUUUCCAAAUGCCAUACCAUAAUUGGAUGUAAUUCCAGAAAAAUAUUCCAAACCACAAUCAUGCCAAAAUUGAGUUAAGAACACAAAACUGGUCAAGUGAUUCAUUAUAAUGGACUGACAAAAAAUGGCAGCUCACUGUCACUCUUUAAAUGAUAUCAUAACCUAGUAGCCCACCCCACAUGUAAGGAAUACACUAAUAUUUAUUAAACUUUAAACAGGAAUUCCUUAAAAUGUGAUGUUUGUGGCUUGGAAUGUUUUUCAGGAACUAUGUCCCAUUACACAAACUAAAAUGUAACCUAUUUUUGGAGUGUUCCAUUUUCAAAUUCUGUACUUUUGUAAAUAAUUGUAUUACAAAUGGCAAAUCAAGUAACUUUCAGCAUGGCCUAAAUAUAUUGUCUGCACAAAA